UUCAAACACACAAAACCACAAACCAACACCAUUUCUUGGAUCCUUACAGAAAGAGAGAACUGGGCUCCAUUUUCACCAUUAUUAUCAUGUCUUCAAUCUCAAGAUUUUAACCUGAAAACUCUCCCUCUCUCUCACACACAUACACACACUUUCUCUCUCAUUGGCACGCCUUCUUCUCUCAAAAACCCAUGUCCAUUUUUGUCCCAGAAAGCCCAGGUUUAUUAUUGGCUGCGAAUUCAACAAUCCCGACUAUGCUCAAGCAAAUCCUCGCAAAAAUCCCUCGGAAAUCAACGAAAUCAAAUCCAAUAUAUUCAGACGGAAACAAUUCCACCACCACCACCACCGAUGUGAACAACAAUGGCAGCUUCACCAACACCUGUAACGUUAUUUCAAGCCGAUUAAACGUCGUGAAGAAAAUGUCAUCCUCAAUUUUCCCAACAUCCGGUAACAACAACAACGACAUGAUCCAACCUCAUCUACCUUUCAAAGACGUCCAAAACUCCGAUAAAAUAAAACUUCUUAUCAGCAAAUUAAAUCUUUGCUCAAAGAUCUACGAUUUCAACGACCAAGAUAAAGAUAUCACCUCAAAAGAUCAAAAACGCCAGAUUUUAAUCGAAAUCCUCGAUUUCCUGGUUUCGGAAUCCAUCAAACUCACCGAACCCGCCAUGUCAGCAAUCUGUAGAAUGUGUGGAGCCAAUCUUUUCCGCGAAUUCCCACCGAAACCCAAUGGUUGUUCGCCACGUGGCGAAUCCGAAGACGACGACCUGUGGUUCGAUCCCGCAUGGACACAUUUACAACUCGUAUACGAAAUCCUCCUUCGAUUCGUUUCUUACUCAUCUCUCGAUCCAAAAACUGCCAAACUUUACAUCGAUCAUUCGUUUUUGUUAAAACUAUUAAAUCUUUUCGAUUCAGAGGACCCACGAGAACGUGAAUGUUUAAAAUCAGUUUUACACCGGAUUUAUGGCAAAUUCAUGGUUCAUAGGCCAUUUAUUCGAAUGGGCGUGAGCAAUAUAAUCUACAAAUUCGUGUUUGAGACUGAAAAACACAACGGAAUUGCUGAAUUACUUGAGAUAUUUGGGAGUGUGAUUAGUGGAUUUGCAUUGCCAUUGAAGAAAGAACAUAAGAUGUUUUUGUUAAAGGCUUUGAUUCCUUUACAUAAACCGAAAUCAAUCGGUGUUUAUCAUCAUCAAUUAACGUAUUGUGUUGUUCAGUUUAUUGAAAAAGAACCAAAGCUUACGAGUGUUGUGAUUAAUGGGUUGUUGAAAUAUUGGCCUGUGACAAAUAGUCAAAAGCAAUUGAUGUUCUUGAGUGAAUUGGAAGAGUUGCUUGAGUUGAUUCGAACCGAUGAAUUUGAGAAGAUUAUGGUUCCAUUAUUUAGGCGGAUUAGUUGCUGUCUUGAUAGCUACCAUUUUCAGGUGGCAGAAAGAGCGCACUUUUUAUGGAACAAUGAACACAUACAUCAUCUUAUAAUGUGUAAUCGACAAGUGAUUAUGCCAAUUGUGUUCUCCUCUUUACAACGAAACUCCAACAACCAUUGGAAUCGAACUGUGCUUAACUUGACACAAAAUGUCAUGAAAAUGUUUCAUGAAGUGGAUGAGCCGUUGGUAAUUUCAUGCCAAGGGAAGUUUGAGGAGGACAAAUCAGCCACCACAGCGGUGGCUGAGCGGCGGCGGUUGACAUGGGAGCACCUUGAGGAGGUUGCCGGUGGUGGUGGUGGUGGCGGUUUCCGGUUACCGGUGGUUGGGAGUGUUUCGGGUUUGGAGAAAAGUGGUGCCACAUGUGUAGUGUCUUGCUAGCGAAGUAGAGUUUAAGAUUUUGAAAGGAAGGAUAUUUGUGAGCAAUCUUGAUCUCAAUAAAUGUGAUGAGAAGAAGCUCCAAUGGCUGGUAUUGUUGGUGCAACAAUAGUGUUAUGUAUAUUAUGGUCUAGUGUCGAUUCUUUUGGUUAGUAUUUGAUUAGGAUUAUAGUGUUUUUAAGGUGAUUGUUGUCAUGUAUGAUAAUCAGUGAAAGUAAUUUAAGUUAAGAU